CCGCCAAAGCAGCAGAAAACCCCACGUCCCGCAGGUGCCAAUCGCAGCCAAAGUUCGAACCAAUUCCGCCUAUGUUCAUCCUCGGCUGUUGGUCCAUCUCGUCAUCGGCUGUUGAAUCACAAGAUCUCUAUCCGAUGGCACCUCAGAGGGGUGUCCACAACAACCACCAGCAAGCCGAGCUAUCUGCGCACUUCCCAACGUGCAAAGUUUGCGGUUGUCAAGGUAAUGGGCUAAGAGAUCCUCCCAAGUCGACCUGAUCACGUCGGUCUGCUCACCCGGACCUCACAGCUUCUUAUAUACCUGCCACUCUCCGUUCCUUUAUCUAGCUUUUUUCUCCCCUACCCACAUGAAUCCUCUCCGGACGGCGCUCGUGGGCGGCGCUGCAAGAAGAUCCACACUCUCGAGCCGGGCUCUAUAUCACUCGUCCUCUUCGCUCUCGUCCAGGAUGGCGCCCACGGCAUCGAACAGACUCGCCGCCGAAUCACGCAGACUCGGCCUGCCACAGAGCCAGACCCGCACCAUGUCCUCAGGCAAGGCGAAGAUCAAGGUCAAGAAUCCCGUCGUGGAACUCGACGGCGAUGAGAUGACUCGGAUCAUCUGGCAAGACAUCAAGGACAAGUUCAUCUACCCGUAUUUGGACAUCGAUCUGAAGUACUACGACUUGGGUUUGCCAUACAGAGAUGAGACGGACGACCAGGUCACCGUGGAUGCUGCGGAGGCCAUCAAGAAGUACUCGGUGGGCGUGAAGUGUGCGACUAUCACUCCGGAUGAAGCCAGGGUUGAGGAAUUCCACCUGAAGAAGAUGUGGCUCUCUCCUAACGGCACAAUUCGAAACAUUCUCGGUGGCACUGUCUUCCGGGAGCCCAUCGUGAUCCCACGAAUUCCCCGUCUCGUUCCCGGCUGGGAGAAGCCCAUCAUCAUUGGUCGUCACGCGUUUGGAGACCAAUAUCGCGCCAAGGACACAGUCAUCCGCGAAGCAGGCACGUUGGAAAUGGUCUUCACACCUAAGAACGGAGGCGAACCAGAAAAGAUCAAGGUCUUUGACUUCCCUGCAACAGGCGGCGUUGCCCAAACACAAUACAACACCGACGAUUCAAUAAGAGGAUUCGCGCAUGCCAGUUUCAAAUUCGCACUUGAUAGGGGCUAUCCGCUCUACAUGUCCACGAAGAACACCAUUUUGAAGGCCUACGAUGGACGCUUCAAGGACAUCUUCCAGGAAAUCUACGAGAAAGACUACGCUAAAGAAUUCGAAGCCAAGAAGAUCUGGUACGAACACCGCCUGAUUGAUGAUAUGGUUGCGCAAAUGAUCAAGAGCAGUGGAGGAUUUGUGAUUGCCAUGAAGAAUUAUGACGGAGAUGUGCAGAGCGAUAUUGUGGCGCAAGGUUUCGGAUCACUAGGUUUAAUGACCAGUCAGUUGAUUACUCCCGAUGGCUUGACGUUUGAGAGUGAAGCCGCGCACGGGACUGUCACACGACACUACAGAGAACAUCAGAAAGGAAGAGAGACCAGCACCAACCCCAUCGCCAGUAUUUUCGCCUGGACCAGGGGAUUAGUCAAGCGUGGACAGCUUGAUGACACACCCGAGUUGGUGACUUGGGCAGAGAAUUUGGAGAAGGCCGUCAUUCAGACUGUCAAUGACGACGGAAUCAUGACCAAGGAUCUUGCUUUGGCCUGUGGACGCAAAGACCGGGAAGCGUGGGUUACUACGAGCCAAUUUAUGGAGGCGAUUGAGAAGCGGUUCAAGAAGAACUUGGGGGCUUAGGGCCUGGGAGAUGUUGCCAAGGCAUAAGAUGCCAGCGAAAUGUUGGUGAACAACCGAUGGUGGAUGAGCAAAACUCGAGAUGGGUGCAAAUGCCGCGAAAGAAGACAAUAAAGAACUGGAUGCAUAGACGACCAAGAUGGGCAGAAGGACAUGGCCAGCAAUGCACAAGGGUCCCCACAUCCGCAAGGCGUCGGCUUAGAAUCAGAUCAAUCAGUUUCCGUUCGAGAUUUGGGUAGGAAAGACGGUGUCCAGCAUUCAGUCCAAAUACUAGAAUCAAUAUCUGCAUCUGCAUCUGCAUCCAAAAUAUAUAUAUAAAUACAUAUAUAUAUCAAACCUGCCGUUCUG